AUAACCAGUGACGUCGCCGUCGCGAAGGAAAUCCCCGUUGCCAGGGGCAGUUCCCCAGGCCCAGGGGGCGUGGAGUCCUCCCGCCUCCAACAACAACAACAUCAUCAUCAUCGCCAUCAUCAUCAUCAAUAUUGUUGUUGCUCCUGCCGCCGCGUUAACGACUAGAACAGUGCUCCAGACCCCAUCGCGUUUGUCAUUCCAUUCGCGCGCGAGAACGGCAGAAGCGGUGCUCAGAACCCCCCCCUGUGUGGCUGUACAAGAGGCGAGCGUUGAGGCCUGCAGUGUUGCUGAGUUAGUGUUGCUGCUGUUGGGUGGGUAGCGAUGGUGUUGGGCAUGGUGAGCCGUGGAGGAGCGAUUGCCGCGGGGCUGUGUGGCGCCGUCUUCCUGGCCUACUGCUUCUACUUCGACCGCAAGCGACGGAACGCCCCCGACUUCAAGAGCAAGCUGCGCCAACGGAGGAAACGCAUGCAGCAAAACCAGGAGCUAUCCAACGUGCCCAAGCUGCCUGACAUGAAGGACCCUGAAGCUGUGCAGAAGUUCUUCCUGGAAGAGGUGCAGCUCGGAGAGGAGUUGCUCACACAAGGUGAGUUGGAGCAAGCGGUGCAGCACCUGACGAACGCCGUGGCCGUCUGCAAUAAGCCGCUGCAGCUGAUGCAGGUGCUGCAGCAGACGCUGUCGCCCACCGUCUUCCAAAUGCUGCUGCAGAACCUGCCCAUGACCGGCUCGCCUUCGCAGCUUCUGGGAGACGGACGCCGAUGGGAAGCGAUGGCACAUGCACGGUGUCGUUUCUCGCCGAAUAUUUUUCGGACAAGUUUCGAAAAACAGAGGUGACGUCCUGAGAAAAUCAGAAGGUGGCAACCCUCGCCCCCUGCAGGAGUGGUCCGUGGCUCCAGGUUGAGGAGGCUUCGGAGUCCACCUCGGGGUUUCCAGGCUCAGCUGGACUCGUUGAGGAACUCGCAUAGACCCACACGCUCACUCGCAUAGUGACCCACAGACUCACGCAGAGACCCACAGACUCACAUAGAGACCCACAGACUCAUACAGAGACC